AUGGAAAAUCAAAUACGACUUUUAAGCGACAUCGCAGCAGAAAUUUAUGACGAUGAGAAUAUUGUAACAAACACAUCUUCAGAGCAGAUGGAUGUAGAAACUGUGAUUGUAAAAAUGUUUAGGCACUUUGAAUCAAAGGCAUCAAUUGAUCCUAACUUACCAAAACUUCAUAGGAAUGUGCACAGUAAAUUGUUAAAAGGUGCUAUUUUUCCAAUCAUAAGUGCAAUUUUUUCCCAAGAAAAUAAAGAAUUGGUGGAAACAGUCUUAUUCAAUCAAGGUGCUUUGCAAGAGUACAUCAUAAUAUGCUGUCAAUCACCCGAUGGAGGGCUCAUUGAUAAGCCUGGCAAGCCUCGUGAUAUUUACCAUACUUGCUACACAUUAAGUGGAUUAUCCGUGGCACAGCAUGGCACAAGUGUGGGUGAUCCCUUUAUUGUAGGUACACCACGCAAUGAACUCAAAACAGUACAUCCAUUGCAUAAUAUUGCACCUCAUUGUGUGUACAAUGCAAUGGAUUAUUUUAAAAAGAAAGAUUUC